AUGAGUAGAACGUAUCCUACAAAAACUCACAAAGGGCGUUACAUUGAAAGGGUAAUGAGGAUUCGAGAAAAAGAACUUCUUGCCACGAAAACCUUGGCAGAGACAUACAUGGAAGACAAAGCACGAGUAUUCGAACUUUUGCGAAAAUUCAAGGAUUGGUUUUCCUCGCACGGCGAGAUGCUUCAAUGCACGAUAAUGCAACUGGAAAAAAGUUUCGAACGCGAAUACGUAUUCGAUAUACUAAACAGUUGUGGGUCACCACUGGGUGACGUCGAGCAUUACGUCCUUUAUGAGAUCAUCACACACUAUGGUGAUAGAACUUUCUCAUUCACCAAUAUCUUAGAUUUAAUGGAAAGCAUAAAAUACGGUCGAGUUCAAACCGUUGAUCUGAACAUUGGUCUCAUAGAAUCUAAUUCUGUCGCUGUCUUUAUCUCUGCUAUAAACGGAUCUAUUCCAUACAAUCCGCUAAAUAUGCAUUUGAUGAUGGACAAUGAAACAACAGUCCGACAGCUUAUUCGGUACGUAAAAUCUGAAUUCAAUUGGCCCUCAAGAGAAAUUCAGAUCUAUCAAGCAGCUGAUUGUGAUCAGGCGCUGGAGGAGAAUGUGAAGCUGAAAGACCUCAAAGUAGAGAAAAAUGAGGAAAUAUCAGAAGGUAUUGAGUUAUUUGUGGACUAUUCGAUGGGUUAUAUCGAUAAUCCCUUAAUUUUAAGCGACCAUUAUUUCGAAGACAGGACUGUAGACAAAGCACUCGAGGGUUCAUAA